AUGUAUCAAUCAAAUCGUGUCAGAGACGAAGUUACAAAGCCCUUACUCCCAAAAAGCUCCAGUCAGAAAGUUAAAAAUGAUUCUGUUCCUCUCUCUCUCUUCGCCGUUGAAGCAAUCUCCAUCGCCAAAAUCUCUCUCCCACUGGCCCUCACAGGUCUUCUCCUCUACUUUCGCUCUUUCGUCUCACUCUUCUUCCUCGGCCGUCUCGGUGACGCCACUCUCGCCGGUGGCUCUCUCGCCUUCGCAUUCUCGAAUAUCACCGGAUACUCUGUUUUCUCCGGUUUGACCAUGGGGGUCGAAUCUAUCUGCUCCCAAGCGUUCGGCGCCAAACGCCAUAACCUCUUCCACGCCACUAUCCGGCGAGGAAUCGUCCUCCUCCUCUUCACUUCUCUCCCGGUCACACUUCUCUGGAUCAACAUCGACAAGAUUCUUAAAAUGAUGGGACAGGACAAGGAUCUUGUGUUCGAAGCUCACACCUUUCUGCUUUACUCUGUUCCAGAUCUCAUCGCUCAAUCUUUCUUACACCCAUUAAGAGUUUAUCUGAGGACGCAGUCAAAGACUCUUCCUUUAUCGAUCUGCACACUCAUCGCUAGUUUCCUCCAUCUGCCAAUCACGUUCUUCCUCGUGUUGUAUCUUGGAUUGGGGAUUAAAGGCGUGGCCUUGAGCGGUGUUGUGUCCAAUUUCAACCUUGUCGUCUUUCUCUUCCUCUACAUCGUUUUCUUCGAAGAAAAGCUAAGUAGCGAAGAGGAGAUCUCAGAGGAGUCAAAUGAAGAUUGUGUGAGAGAAUGGAUCAAAUUACUCGCUCUUGCGUUACCGAGUUGCCUAUCGGUUUGUCUCGAGUGGUGGUUGUAUGAGAUCAUGAUUUUGUUUUGUGGAUUUCUCUUAAACCCUGAAGCAACCGUUGCUUCAAUGGGAAUUCUCAUCCAAAUCACUUCCCUUGUUUACAUUUUUCCUUCUUCCUUGAGCUUUGGAGUCUCUACUCGGGUCGGAAACAAGCUGGGCUCGAAUCAGCCACAGAGAGCGAGAAGAGCCGCCAUUGUUGGACUCGGUCUCAGCAUCGCCCUUGGAUUCACUGCUCUCUUCUUCACGGUCUCGGUCAGAAAUGUCUGGGCUAAGCUUUUCACGAAUGACAGAGACAUCAUUUCGUUGACUUCCAUGGCUCUGCCAAUCGUUGGCCUCUGCGAGCUCGGAAACUGCCCCCAGACGACUGGAUGCGGCGUUCUCAGAGGAUCCGCGAGGCCGAAGAUCGGAGCAAAUAUUAAUUUGUCGGCGUUUUAUGCGGUUGGAAUGCCGGUGGGAGCGGGUAUGGCGUUCUGGUUUGGGUUCGGCUUCAAGGGACUUUGGCUUGGAAUGCUUGCAGCGCAGGUCUCAUGUGUGAUUGGUAUGAUGGUGGCCAUGUGUCGAACCAAUUGGGAGUUGGAGGCGGAAAGGGCUAAGAAGCUCACGGCGGUGGAUUGUGGCAGCGAACGAGACCGCGUCGGCGGCGAGGAUGUCGAGGUUGGAAAGGUUGAUAAGUAG